ACAUGGAUGAACACUGUAGUGCUGGUGACCUGCAUUCGAAACUUCCACAAAAACAGAGGACCUGUUUCGGGGAUUCUAAAAGGGUAUGUGGGUUUAAGCACCGCCAUAUUCACCGAUCUCUGCACAACUCUGUCCUCCUCCAACCCUUCAACUUUCCUUCUCAUGCUCACAAUCGUCCCCUUCCUCAUCUUUCUCAUCGCCAUUCUCUUCCUCUGCGAAAUCCCACCUUCCUCCACCGCCGGCCAAGACAAAGAAGAAGCUUGGUACUUUGGAAUCAUCAACGCCGUCGCCGUCGUCGUCGUCGUCGCCGUCGUAGUCUAUCUCUUGCUAUUCGAUGUCACCGGAGCUCACAAUCGUUUAAUUUCUCAGUCAUUCGCAAUCAUCCUUCUAAUCCUCCUAGCUUCUCCAAUUUCAAUCCCACUGUACAUCGCAACCCAUAAUUGGAUUCGAUAUAAUUCCGAAUCAAAUUCGGACCUCGAGGGGGUUGUGACUGAACCGUUGCUGGGUAUGCUGGAGAAAGAGAAGACGGCGACGGAGGCUGUGGUGGUGGUGGAGAGGAGAGCGCAGGUUAUCGGAGAGGAUCACACGAUAAUUGAGGCGUUGAGGACGGUUGAUUUCUGGGUAUUGUUUGUGCCGUUUCUGUGCGGAGUUAUUUCACGUCCCACAUCACGCGCCUAUAACCCACACCGUCAAAAAAGAGUACUAUUACCUUUUUUUGGGAACGUGAAUCUCACACACCCCUUCCCAUAA